AUAGUUUUUUUAAAGACUAAAUGAUUUUAUUAUGAUUUCACAUGUCCUUACCUGUUCUCGCCAUGAUGUGCGAUUCUACCUUUUCUCACUUUUCCGCGGUAAGUAACAAUGUUUGUACUAGAGCAGCUGAGUGUCAAGAAACCGAAAUGUGUGUACAUUUUGAAAUUUCGAUAAAAGCUAAUAGACAACCAUGUUAAGUAAGUGCCAAUCACUUUCAUGAAUUGCCACUUUGAGUUAAGACUCGUUCGAGAUGACCUUUCUUGGUCUCAUUUUUCUUCUUUUCACUGCCAUUCGAAACUCUUGGAGCUCAGAACAGCGCCACAUACUCGGUGCACUCAAGACAGUCUCGCAUCAUAAAUUAGAAGGUCACCAAAUUAAGACCCUGAAAGGAUCUACGCUUUUAUCAUGUGCCCAGUCGUGCCUUACAGAACCCAAAUGCGUGUCCACGAACUUUGGAGUCUCUCCUGUGGAGAAUAAGCUUGUCUGCGAACUAAACGAUCACAGGGUUUCGUUGAUGUCCAAUGAUGAGUUGCUAUACGGAGAAGGAUUUGUAUUUUCCCUCUAUUCUGAGACGUUUCAAACUUCUGGCAAUGACAUGAAGAGUGGAUGUAGGCACAUAACUUGUCUCAACGAAGGCCAUUGCUAUUUUAACGAGGAUAAACAGCAGUUUCAGUGCAAAUGCAUUCUUCCAUGGAUAGGAAACAGUUGUGAGACAAAAACAGAUAUUUAUUUCCACUUUACUACUCUUGGUGCGAUCGGUAGGUUCGGGCCUAGCAACAACCUGCGGUACCAAGGCACGUCAUUGGAAGGAAUUUUGGUACAAGACGGCUUGCAAGCAUGGAACGUCCCUGUGACGGCUCAGUAUCACCUUGAAUUGUGUGGCGCUUCAGGGGCAGGACACAGCGCCUUUGAUACCAAAGGUGGUAGAGGAGCUAAGGUGCAAGGAAAUGUCCAUCUUCAGCAAGGAACAGAGUUGACAGUUUUGGUGGGACAACACGGAAAAGGAGGAGGUGGUGGCGGCGGCACAUUCAUUGUAUUUACGGUAGAUGGCAGCCCACUGGCUGUAGCCGGAGGCGGGGGCUCAGCUGAUUAUGUUGAUGGUGAUCAUGGGCAAGCCGGGUAUAGUGGUAGCGUACAUUCUGGGCAGCCAGGGAAGGGAGGAAAGGUGUGUGUAUCGAAGGCGUCCUUCGAUACCUUAUUCGGGAUUGGGGGUGGAGGAGGUCUCGUCACGGAUGGUCGCUGCUAUGCUGGUUCCAGCUGUGACAAGCCAUGCAUUGAGAAUGAUGGGGGCAAAUCGUUCAACGCAGGGGGACAAGGAGGGUACAGCACAAAAAAGAAGAGUCGAUGUGCUGGCGGAUUUGGUGGUGGUGGAAAUUGUGGGGGAGGUGGAGGAUACUCUGGUGGUGGUGUUCAAGUCAAUGGUAAGAGUCUUGCUUUUCACGCCGGAGGGGGAGGGUCAUUUGUCCCUCAUGCUAAUUGGACGGUUGUGUCUGGAGGUUGUUCCUCUGAAGACGGUUUUGCUACGUUUCAGAUAGUGGCACUGGAUUGAUGAUCAUGUGAUAUUGAUUGACAUAUAGUGUUGAUUGACAGUAACGUAACGUUAGCUAGUGAUUGUUAAGACUUUGAGACAAAUUUAGUAACCGAAUGAUACAGCCUAAAUGACGAAACUGUCUUACUCCAUCGCCGAAAUCUCAAACUGCCGCCGAUAGAUUUUUGUUUAUUUACCAAUGUUGUUCAUCAAAUGUUAUCGAAAUCAGAUAAUAGCAAGAUACUAUUUUCAACAGGACAUUGUGAUUAAAAUUAGAACCAUGUAAUACAGCGCAAUAGGCAAUGUUCAAAAGUGGUAAAGCUAAUUAAGGAAAACGGGAUUUUUUUUCUGUGAGCAAUGAAAAGCAGACGCUUUUUCAGAGUGUUUGCUUUGAUAUGUCUGAUGACUUUAAUAUUAAACAAAUCAUAAUUGAAACGCC